UAGGUUAAGCAAAGACCGUUUUGAUUUUCUUAGUUGUAUCUCAGCCAAAAACCACUGGAAAGCGUUUUCAGCUCUCAGAGGACGCGUGCAACUAAGUAUAAAAAAGCUGGCACGUGCGCUUCCACUAGUUCCCGCGCGUUCUUCUCUUCUUUACGCGCGGGUUUCGUCCCGAGUUCGAGUCCACUUCCGCGCGGACGCUUCGGUCGCCAUGGUGAUCCCCCCCGGCGAGGGCGGACCAGCGAGCCGCGACCGGGACCGACUCCGGCGACUCCUGCGAAAUGACUCUCGGAGGAGUUGGAGAUGGACGACAGCGCCGCGCCGCGCAGCAUGGAGCCCACCAUCCCCGCCGUCAUGUUCAUCUUCGGGGUCAUCAGCAACCUGAUCGCCAUCGUGGUGCUCUGCAAGUCCAGAAGGGAGCAGAAGGAGACCACCUUCUACACGCUGGUCUGCGGGCUGGCGGUCACGGACCUCCUGGGCACCGUCCUGGCCAGCCCCGUGACCAUCGCCACGUACGUGAAGGGCGCGUGGCCCGACGGGGACCCCCUGUGCCAGUACUUCGGCUUCGUCCUGCUCUUCUUCUCCCUCGCCGGGCUGAGCAUCAUCUGCGCCAUGUCCGUCGAGAGGUACAUCGCCAUCAAUCACGCGUAUUUCUACAACGACUACGUGGAUAAGAAGCUCGCGGGCGUCGCGCUGCUCGCCAUCUACGCGUCCAACAUCCUGUUCUGCGCGCUGCCGAGCGCGGGCUUCGGGGAGGUCAAGAUGCAGUACCCUCGGACCUGGUGCUUCAUCGACUGGCGGAGCAACGUGAGCGCGCACGCCGCCUUCUCCUUCAUGUACGCGGGGUGCAGCUCGCUGCUGAUCCUGGUGACGGUGGCGUGUAACGUGCUGGUGUGCGCCGCGCUCAUCCGCAUGCACCGGAGGUUCGUCAGGCGCACGUCGCUCGGGACCGACCCGGGCAGGGCGUCCGAUCCCGGCCGGAGCCGCAGCUUCAGGCGCCUCGCCGGCGCGGAGAUCCAGAUGGUCAUCCUGCUCAUCGCCACCUCCGCGGUCGUGCUCAUCUGCUCCAUCCCGCUCGUUGUCCAGGUGUUCCUCAACCAGCUCUACAAGACUCCGGUGGAGAAGCGUCUGGAGAAGAAUCCAGAUCUGCUGGCCAUCCGCUUCGCCUCGACCAACCCCAUUCUGGAUCCCUGGAUCUACAUCCUCCUGCGCAAAGCGGUUCUCUCCAAGCUCGUGGAGAACGUCGAGUGUCUGUUCCGCGGGAGCGGCCCUCGGAGGGCCCCGGGGCCGGACGGCUCCCGCUGCGAGGACGGAGCUCAGGUGUCCGGGGACUCUCCGUCCGCCGGCUCUCGAGAGCCGAAGGAGGUGAUGAACACCUCCCAGACGCUCCUGUAUCCGCCCGAGAGCUGCCCGGACACCUGUCAAUCAAACCGGGUGCGGCGGUGCUUGUCUGACGCGUCUUCGGAAUCGUCCAAUCGGAACAGUUUAGACGGUCCCUCCAAAGAUCAGCCUUUGCAAGUGACCAUCACCAUCGAGACGUUUCGAGAGAAGAGCAUCUGACCUGACGCGUUUGUAGUUGCACUCGAUUUCGCAUCCGCGGAGGGAUCGUCAAUGGAAGCGAAUGGGUGCCGUCGGAACGAGAGUCCAUCGGCGAACAUCCGGAGAAGAUAAGAAGAACUCUUCCUCCAGUAAAAAUAGCGCAUCUUCUUUCGUCUAGAAGCAAAGUAAAAUUUUCACAAAACAAAAAAGUUAUGAUACGCGGUGAGGCGUGAAGAAAGGAAAGCGCAAAAGAAAGCGAUCGGUGGACGUUUUAUUGCCACGUUUAGUACUUUUAAGUUUUCUUUUUAUGGAUUGUUGCUAUUAACAUCUGGUGAGCAUUUCUAGCCAGCAGAAAUAUAUUUAACGAGAAAAAAAUGUGUUCGUUUUGAGGUGUAUUCAAAUAUAAAUGUAAUAUUUAAUUGACCGCUAAACGGUGCAGAUUUCUCUCCUGAUUCAGACCAGAAGCUCCAAAAAACAUGGAUUAGUUUGAUCUUCUGUCUUCUCCGGAUGUUCGCUGGGGAUGUUUUUAUCAGACUCUCGUUCCAGCGGCACCCAUUCACUCCAGCGAUCCAAGAAACCCGUCCUAAUCUCGGAUGAUCCCGAGGGAUCGGCGCAUUUUCCAAAGUUUGGGUUCCUUUAAAUAAGACUUAUUUAUUCGAGUGAGUUUUUCCAGCCAUAAGGCCUUCGAGGGUCGCUUCGAUCCGUUUUUCCAGAAGAGUUCAGAUCAGCCACAUCAAGAUCAACACAAACAAGCCCCGCAGGAAAUAACCUAGCUGAGACGUCUGCAAGAGAAAAAAAAAGCGUCCUGCUUCCCAAACAGCAGAUAAAAUAAAUCCUCUCGCCAAAAUACAUGCCUUUAUUACUCGGUAUUCCUUGCCUUGCUUUCUAGUGCAAAUAUCGAAACAUUCACGAAUCGAGAUGAAUUCGGUGCACGAGUCAAAUGAUGCACAAAUAUCUUGUCAUUUUAUUUGCGUGCUGGAAAAAGAUGAUUUGUCUGACUUCCAGACCGACGGUGAAUGUUUAAUCAAGCGUUCGGCCGAUGACGAGACUCCUCUGAGAAAGUUUUUUUUUUUAAAUCUAUAAAUCUGCGGUGAUUUGUUGUUUUUGGACCCCCGGGGGCCGUUUUUCCGCUCGGCAGAAGACUUCUAAUCGAAUGUGAUGGUGUUUAAUGUGACGUCUGAUUAAAUCCAGAGCUUCGGGCGAGGAAUCUGCCAACCUCUGCCUUCUUCUGACGCUUUCAUAAACGCUGUUUGUGUUCGGGAUACGGACGCAUCUUCAGGCUUCGUAACCCGUGAGAUCAAACCGUUCCCAUGAAAUGUUUGCUAAUUAUACUUAAUCUCUGUUUACGCUCGCAGACCAAAGCAAAUAUGACCUCUUCAUUGCUGUAGAUGCUGUAUUGAUUACGAGAGAUCAGCCUUCAGUUCUUCAUUCGUCUUAAAGUAGAUUAUUAAAGGAAAAGGAAAAAUAUCCUGCACCAAUGACUUCGUUUAGCAGUAUUUCUGUCUUGCUUUCCUUAUAUUUAAACAUCCUGAAAGCAGCGUUUACUUGAGAUGGAAAAAAUUACUUAAAAUAAAAGGUCUUUAUGAGAAGUUUAU